AUGGACCUCUUUACGAUUGUUUUGCCCGGGAAGUCAACCAGCAGUCCCCUAGCAACUAUUAUCUGGCUAGGUCUGGUAUACUUCUUCUACUGCCAAGAUGUCGACAGUCUCACGGUGAUACUGGGUCAUGAUAACCUCCGGCAUGUGGUUUUUACUUCCACUUGCCUUGCCUUCAUCCUGUCUAUGACCGCAGUGGGGUUCCGGAUCCUAUCACGAAAGAUCGAUGGAACUGGCCUCUUCAUAGAUGAAUUUCCUGGUCUCUGCCUUGAUGGAAUUGCAGCGAAAACAACGGGAGCUAAGCAUCAGAAGUUAUGGGAAUGGGGAAUUUCAAUCGCAGGAAUUACACUCUUUACAAGCUCCAUCCUCUACAACCUCUGCAUCGGGUCAAUCAAACUCCCCAUAUUGAUACUCUACCGAUCAUUGUUUCCUGUGAAGCCCAUGGGCAUCGCCGUCAAGAUCGUAUCAAUAGCUGUUGUCCUUUGGACCGCCCGGCGGUAUUCUGGCAGGCUGCUUCACUUGCAUCGCGACCAAGAAGCUCUGACAUCCUAUAGUACCGGGGGGCUUCAUGGACCUAGGCAAGCUCUACUAUGGUCUGCAGAUUUCCAACAUGGUUACCGAUGCUAUCAUUUUGCUCAUGCCCAUUCACACUUUCUGGGACCUGCUGGAUUUCCUCGGCCGUUGUUCAAGGGUCUGCAUCGCAAGGACUGGAUGCACCAUGUCGGCUCAACAGCUAACACCACCCAGCAGGAAAUCGGUAGUGGAGAUGGCGAGAAGCGUUUAACUUGGGCAGCUGGAGACACAACUAGGCCGACCCUUCAAUCUCAAACGACAUACUCCAAGAGCCCAGUCUUUGGUUCAAUAUGA